UCUUUGCGACAGAGCUCUCAGUGUCUCCGUAGGAACCUUAGCAUGGUUUACUAUUUAGUUGCUAGGUAACGCGGCUGGAGCUUGCUGUGCGGAGACCUUGCCUGCUAGCAAGAUGUCUGAGGCCAAAGCUGACCCCCAAGAUAACUCAGUAUUAAUUGAUGCUAAUGACCAAGACAUCCCAAUAAGAGAUUGUGAAGAAGAAAACACAGGCUAUAAUAAGGGGCAGAUGAGGUCCCCAGCUAUAGAGAUGUCUCAGCUCCAGCAAGCCAGGAACGGUGAUGGGGAGGAACAAGCACCUGAGCAGGAAUCUGAUAGCCCCCAAGACGACAUGUUAAUGACGCAAAAUGAGGCAGAUUUAGCCGAACAGGCAGUUGAUAAGUCAGAAUUGUACCAGGAUAUGAAGGAAGACCACAAUGAUUCUGCAGCUUCCUCUUCUAAAGACAUGCAGGAUGCUGCAGAUGAAAAGAAUUUGGAUAAGGAAAAAGAUGAAUUAGAGGGUAGCAAUCCGCCACAUGAGGAAUCUGACAUCUCAGUGUAUAAUCAGACUUUACAGUUAAGUGCCACAGAGAGACGAGGGUCAGCCGAUGAAAACUCAAUUUCUGUUGACCUCAAUGAAAAAGUGGCUAUAGAAGAAAAUGUAGGGAAUAAGGAAAGUCCAGCAGAUGAAGACUCACUGGUUUACACUGCUACGCCAAGGACUGUGUUUGAAGAUGUAAACUCCACUUCUACAGAUAGACCUCUUAACUUGGCAUGGUCUUUUGGCAUGAACAGCAAAAUCCCUAUUUAUAAUCUGCAUGAUGAAGAAUAUCAAGUGGCUGUAUAUGUGUGUGCUCAUACUGCAGUGAUCCAUGACUUCUCUCUUAACCGGCAACGACACCUACAGGGUCACUGCAGCUGUAUUUCCUGCAUGUGUGUGAGUGAGGACAGACGAUGGAUUACUACAGCUGACGGCGGACCAGAGAGUCUCAUCAUAGUCUGGGAUUCAUUCUCAGGCAUCCCUGUUCAUACUAUAUUCCAAAGUCAUCCAGAAGGGGGAGUAGUUGCUGUAGCUAUGUCUCACAAUGCAAAGUACUUGGCAACUAUUGGAGGUGGAACUAUUCAGAAAGUCUGCAUUUGGGAAUGGACGACAGGUUGUGAUUCACCAGUGUGUACUGCAGAGCUUAGCGCACAGUUUGGCCUUCAGAAAUAUAUUAUAUUUAAUACUCAAGAUGAGAAACAGCUAAUCACCAACAGUGAAACACAGGUCAUAUUUUAUUCAUGGAAUGAUUCCAAUCUAGAAUAUGCUGCACCUCCAUUAAAUGCAAAGACAUUUAACAAAGCUGUGGGCGCUUUCAGCCAAUCGGUUUUUGAUUUCAGCAAUGUAAGAUCCUUGACAGCUACAUCCGCAGGGAAACUGGUUGUCUGGGAGACCAUCUAUCCCCCAUCCAUCAGAGGCAGGUCUGCCAUAAAGCCACAUAAUAAGAAAGCUUUAAAGCUGAUGCAUCUGCAGAAAGAUGCCAUUACUGUGCUCACUGCCCAUGACAGGUAUUAUGUGACUGGUGAUACUCGAGGACAUGUAAAGUUCUAUGACCAACAAUUACAGCUUGUAAACUGGUACAGCCACCUUAAUCUGACGGCUAUCCAGUCCAUCUCCUUCUCUAAAUGCCCCCCUGUGCCAGCCUGUGAAAAGACAACAUACCCUCAAGAUUGUUCUAUAAAGGGGGAUCAGUUUGCGAUCAGCAAUUUCAUUGUAUCUACGUCAGAUGGUUUGGUAGUGCAUGUGUUCACGGAUGGUACAAUGUUGAAGAAGGUGUUGCAAGAGCCCAGUGAAGCCAUUCACGCACUUGCCUGUCACCCCUGCAACACACACAUUGCUUAUGGAAGUUAUAAUGGAGUCUUGAAAAUCUGGGAUUAUAAAAAUCAGAAUCCCUUCAUCAGCAGGAUAUUUGGCAAGGGAAAAUCUUUACAUUGCCUUUCUUAUGACCCUAAAGGCUUGUAUUUAGCAGCUGGCUUUAAAGACGGAAGUGUCCAUAUACUGGAUGCAAUGACCCUGGAAGAUGAAACCAAAGAACCUUUUAAGUAUGCCACAGGAUCAAUAACACAGAUUUCUUUCUCACAUGAUUCACAUUAUCUUGCUACAGCCGAUGAAGAUUUCACAGUGACACUAUUUCAACUAAUAAAACAAAAUGGUGUUGGAUCAUGGGAAUACUUUGCUAGACAUCACAGUCAUUAUAAACCUAUACAGAGUAUUAUGUUUGGCAUUCAUCUGGAUAGCAACGAAUCCAGACUGUUGUCCCUUGGAAUGGAUCGGAUGCUGGUAGAAUAUGAUCUUAUUAAUAGCACUAAAGACUGUCUAGUAAUUGGGAGCAGUGAACGGAUUGACCAGAGUGGGGUUCCACAGUGUUUGGUUUGGUACCCUCCUUUGACUAAAGAAUGCUUUAUCCUUGUUGCUAACGAUCAAUACAAAAUGAAACUUUUCAAUGCCACUACCAAGAUGUGCAGGAAGACUCUUUUGGGGCCAACAUUUGGUUCUCCUGUGAGAAAAAUGGAAGUGUUUUCUUCAUGUGAUCGGGAUCCCAGUAACAGCUACCUGGCAUAUAUUACAGAUGAUAAGGUUGGCCUUCAAAUUCUACCAGUUGAUGGAAACCCGCACAAGUCAAUAGCUCUCAUUUGCCAUCCAGAUGGAGUAGCCAACGUCGCCUGUUCAAGUGAUGGUCAGUAUGUGUUUACUGCUGGAGGAAAAGACUGCACAGUAAUAAUGUGGAAGACAAACUUACAGGCUUUGGAGGCUGCUGCAUCACUUGGAGGAGAGGACUUGAUGCCGUUCUAUGGAAUGUUGCCAGGAGGAAGAGAUGGAGCAUUAUUUAAGGAGCUGGAAGAUUACUUCUACUAUGCACAGCUGCGUCAUCAGGGUAUUGACACAAUGGAGGCCAGACAAGUUUCAACUCACAUUCCCUUGAAAGAAGUUCCUUUCAUCAUGCGAGCAUUGGGAUUUUAUCCAACGGAACAAGAGGUGGAAAAUAUGCUGAAUGAAGUUAAAUUUAGUGAAUAUGUGAAUACUGGAAAACAAGUUACACACAUAGACCUUGGGGAUUUUCUGAAGCUUUACAUAAAUCACAGACCUGCUUUUGGGUUAUGUUUGAAGGAGCUUCAACAAGCUUUUCAAGUUCUUGGUUUUACUAAUGAGAAAGGAGAACAGGCUGUUAAAAGAGGAGAUUUAUUACAGCUGCUGCAAACAAGAGGUGAACAUAUGACUGAAGAGGAGCUUGCAGAAUAUCUUAGCACCUUGCUAGGGCUAAAUCCAGAAGGUGGGAGUUUAGAACUUGGCAGCUACAAGUCUACAGAUAUAGCAGAACUGCUUGAACAAGAAAUCCCAGAGGAAAUUACGACAGGCGUGCUGGUUGCAGACAUUCUUGGUUUUCCAGUCCAUGCAAUAGAUGAUUAUGAAGAGCACGCCCACACUCCAGAUGCUGGUUACUAAUGGCUGUUUACAAUUUGUUCUACUUUGUCUUUGUAAAACCAACAAUACAUUGCAGCAUCACAUAUCAAUAGGAUGCUGGUUUGUAAAAUAUAUUGUGUAUCAUUAUUUUUUAAUUAUAGAGAUAAAAUCCCUUUUUGUUGCACAUGUAGUAUGGAGUAAUAAAGCUAUUUUAGUCAAA